GACUGGGGCAGCUGCUGGCCACGGAACGUCGGAGCCGUCGUUGGGCAGCCCCGCUCGUCGCAGGGGAGCCGCCGCGGGCCAGGGGCUGCUCCGAGCGUUAGUUUGCGAAACCGCGCCGUGAGGCCGCGCCAUGGGGCUGCUGGGCAGGCUGGCGGCGCUGGCAGGGGGCGGCGGCGCUGUCCGGCGGUGGCUAGGGCGGCCCUGCGCAGGGAGCCGACCACCGGCCCGCGCCGCCGCCUCUUCGCCGGCGCUGGGACAGUACGGGGAAGUGUUCAGGGCCUCGGUGGCGGAGCCUGAAAAAGUUUGGGGAGCUGCCGCCGAGCUGAUCCAGUGGUCCAAGCCCUGGGCCAGGGCUCUGGAGAGGCGCGGCCCGGGCAGCGACUCGUGGUUUGUCGGCGGAGAACUGAAUAUCUGUUACAAUGCUGUUGAUCGUCACGUUGAGAAUGGACGAGGAGACCACACUGCCAUUAUUUAUGACAGUCCUGUAACAAAUACCAAAGAGAAAAUAACUUACAAAGAACUCCUUGAACAGGUGUCCAAGUUAGCUGAUGUCAUGGUCAGACAUGGUGUGAAGAAAGGAGACCGAGUGGUCAUCUACAUGCCUAUGAUUCCACAGACAGUGUGCUGCAUGCUGGCAUGUGCAAGAAUAGGAGCCAUCCAUAGCCUGAUUUUUGGUGGAUUUGCAUCAAAAGAGCUCUCUGUUCGCAUUGAUCAUGCAAAGCCCAGACUUAUCGUAACAGCAAGUUUUGGAGUAGAACCAAAAAGGAAAGUGGAAUACAUAUCACUAUUAGAAGGAGCACUGGCAAUGGUACAGAAAAAACCUGAGAAAGUUCUCAUUUACAGGCGACCGAACUUGGGGCAUGUUCCUCUAACCCCAGGUCGUGAUCUUGAUUGGGAAGAAGAGCUUGCAAAAGCACAGUGUUACAAGUGUGUCUCUGUUCCUUCAGACCAUCCUCUUUAUAUUCUGUAUACAUCUGGAACAACAGGCUUACCCAAGGGUGUUAUCAGACCAACAGGUGGCUAUGCUGUUAUGCUGAACUGGACAAUGUCAGCUAUAUAUGGACUCAAACCUGGUGAGGUGUGGUGGGCAGCUUCUGAUUUAGGCUGGGUAGUUGGUCAUUCUUACAUUUGCUACGGGCCUCUUCUUCAUGGGAAUCCUACAGUUUUGUAUGAGGGGAAGCCUGUGGGAACACCAGAUGCUGGUGCCUAUUUCCGCGUGCUAGCAGAGCAUGAAGUAGCUGCCUUCUUUACUUCACCAACUGCAAUUAGAGCAAUCCGUCAGCAGGACCCUGAGGCAGCCCUGGGAAAGCAGUACUCUCUAAAAAGGUUCAGGAUGCUGUUUGUAGCUGGUGAACACUGUGAUGUGGGCACACUGGAAUGGUCAAAAAAAGUCUUCAAGGUACCUGUCUUGGACCACUGGUGGCAAACUGAAUCUGGUUCUCCAAUAACUGCUUCUUGUGUUGGUUUGGGGAACUCUACAACGCCUCCACCCGGACAGGCAGGAAAACCAGUGCCAGGAUACAAUGUGAUGAUUCUGGAUGAAAAUAAGGAACCAGUGAAGGCGAAGACUUUAGGAAAUAUUGUGGUAAAGUUACCUUUGCCUCCUGGAGCAUUCUCAGGACUUUGGGAAAAUCAGGAAGCAUUCCACAAGUUAUAUUUCCAGAAAUUUCCAGGAUAUUAUGAUACUAUGGAUGCAGGCUAUAUGGAUGAAGAUGGCUAUUUAUAUGUUCUGUCUCGAGCUGAUGAUGUGAUCAAUGUUGCAGGACACAGAAUUUCAGCAGGUGCAAUUGAAGAGUGUGUUCUCCGCCAUCCUGCUGUAGCAGACUGUGCUGUUGUAGGCCAGGAGGAUGCUUUAAAAGGGCACGUUCCCUUUGCGCUGUGUGUGCUGAGAGACGAUGUAAAGGCAGAAGAGAAGAUGAUUUUGGAAGAUAUUGUUGAGCAAGUUCGAAAUAACAUUGGUCCUGUGGCAGCUUUCCAGAAGGGGGUGUUUGUGAAACAGCUACCAAAAACACGUUCUGGCAAGAUACCACGUUCAGCUCUUUCUGCACUGGUCAGUGGAAAGCCAUAUAAGAUAACGCCAACCAUUGAAGAUGCUAGUGUGUUUAAAGACAUAGAAGAAGUGCUGAAGAAAAAGUAAAUGGAAUAAUGGGCCAGUGAAAGCAUCUGUUACUGAAACAUGCAAAGACUUUGUAUUAGGAAAUACAUAUUCUAAAAACGAA